AUGCCCAGUUUACUUCUCUUGCUCAUAAAUAUGCAUGGCUUCUCAGUUUCUUUCCUACUCACAACCACAACCUCAACAUUUCUUCAUAGUCUGUCAUCAAGGAAAUGUCGUCUGUCACAAAGUCAAUCAGAGGGUGGUUGGGUAGGAGUCAUGCUAACAUGGAGAAGAAUGAUAGUGACUACUACUGUACACCAGCAGCCAAGUUUGAAGGAGAUGGAGACGAUGAUGAUGGAGAUUACGAUUAUGCCCCUGCAGCAUAAUUUAGUUGAUGAACAUUUAACAUUAACUGUAGCAUGGUGA